CCAACCCGCGUCUUCGUCGAGUUGUCGCGUCUGCUCAACCUCAACCUCCCUAUCACCAUGCACCUGCCAACUUGCUACAUCGUUACUCCAAAGNCUUCACUGCGAUAUGCCCUGAUACACUCACUCUCUUUGCUCCCCGAGUCUUUCUUGUUUCGUUUCGCUCUCUCAACCUCUCCUGAACGAGCUCUAACCAAUCAUGGCCGUAAUCAGUGCGCAAGAGUCGCUUUGUUGAACUUCUUACACAACAUGGACGCCUUCGACACAUAUCCCAACAAGUCGCCCAACGAUCUCUCUGGGGUCGACAGCUACGACCGCGAGUCUUACAACUCCCGUGAGAGGGAUCCAUACCGUGAACGACGCAGGUCGCCGAACUCGGAUCGGCGUGUUCGCCAAGCUGGCCGUAAUCGCUCCCGCUCUCCCACACAGAUCGACCGCUAUCAGCCUGAUCGUUCGCGCGACGACUACUACCGUGGACGUGAGGACUAUCCUCGCGACAGACGCCGCUCGUCUCCUCAAAUCCAGCCGGGUGCUCCAAAGAACAUCGAUCGAUACAUCCCCGGCGACGAUGCCGCCCUUCCAAGAGCCAUCCCAGUAAACCAACUAAGAGAUCCUCUGCUGGAAGCCUCACAAGUCGGAUUUAGUUACUUCGCCGAGUGGUGGAAAGCCGAGCAAGAGAUCAAACAACAGCGUGAGCGUCAAAAGAACGGAGGCCGUCGUCCUGAGCCCGUCAAGGAAUCACGCGACGAACAGCGAUCGAAGAUACAAAAUGCUUAUGACCAGUACAAGCUGAACUGGAACACAAGAAUGGCCAAGCUCUUCGUCCAUGGUCACAAAUAUGACACUUGGUUCCGCGAACGCUAUGUACCAGAAGUUCGCGAUCCUCUGCGCCAAAAGGUUCUCGACUUCAGACGCGAUCUCUUCGCUCGGUGGGACUCGGACUUGACGGCUGGUACCUUUGACGAGUUCACCCUCGAGGGCAUCUACAAAAGCGAAAGCAAUGGUGCUGGAGGUAUCGUCGAGAAAGAGGAAGGAGAGACCAGCGCUGCAGCAGAGGUCCUGGCCGUAUCAGAUCUGUUGCCCUCCAAGGGCGGUGAUGUACGGGACCCGGUCGCUUUCCAACCAACGCUGCUCGUCAAGACCAUCACUCCGGCUGUCUCGCGCGAGCGAAUGGAAGAAUUCUGCAAGGAGCAUCUUGGUGAGGGCGAGGGUGGCUAUAAGUGGCUGAGCCUGAGCGACCCAAACCCAGGAAAGAAAUUCCAUCGUCUUGGUUGGAUCAUGCUCAAUCCUGCAUCUGACGUACCUGAAGAAGACACCAACCGUCGUGGAAGCCGAGACGACGACGACCAAGACGCUGACGGAGGUGCCAUGGAUCAAGACAAGCCAAGCCACGCUCAGAGCAUUUGCGAGAGGGCUUUGAAUGAGAUCAACAACAAGACGAUUCAAGACCCCGAAAAGGGCGACUUCACUGUCCAUGUUGGUAUUCAUCAUCCUCAGGAGAACCCUAGGAAGAAGGCUCUGUGGGACCUCUUCUCUGCUCCUGAACGUGUUGAACGCGAUCUGGAUCUCGCUCUUCGCCUGGUCAGAAAACUCGACUCCGAGAUGGGCGAUGACUAUGAUGGUGUUGGCAAGAUCGAGCAGCGUGUUGACGAGCUGGCUGGCAAAGGUUACCUGCAACCACCCAUCCCAGCCCCCAAGGUCGUCAAAGAAGAAGAUGUGGAUGACGGCGAGAUGGAAGAAGGCGAAGAAGAUGAAGGCGGCAUUGACGAAGACGUCGACGAUGAAGAGCUGUUGAUCAAGAAGAAGAAACUUGAUCUGCUCGUCGAGUACCUUCGCCGUGUCUACAACUUCUGCUUCUACUGCGUAUUUGAGUGCGACUCAGUGCACGAGUUGCAACGCAAGUGUGCAGGAGGCCAUCUUCGUCGUCCUCGUGCAAGUCUUACUUCGGCGGCCAAAGAAACUGCCAGAGCCACCGCGAAUGGAGACCCAUUCCCACUCAAGCGUCAAGAAAGUGGUCCUGGGGACGAAGAUGGUUCACCGGUCGAGGAGAGGAAGUCUGCACCUCGAGCAUACGGUAAGAACCAGCUUCAGAAGGCAUACAACUGGGUCAAGACCUUUGAGGAGAAGUUGCUCAUGAUUCUCGAGCCUUACAACGUCGAUCUCAGAAAACUCGGAGGCAAGCCUGUGGAAGAAGGCCUUGAAGAAGACAUGAGCAAGUUCGUAAAACAGGAGGACGAGUUCAAGUUCAGAUGCAAGGUUCCCGAGUGUACAAAGCUCUUCAAGGGCGAAAACUUCUGGAAAAAGCACGUGGAGAAGAGGCAUCAGGACUGGCACGACAAACUCAAGGAAGACCUUGUCAACCGCUACGUGCUUGACCCUGCCAGACUUGCACAGGGACGCAACGAUGCUAGCAGCAACGGCCACUUCCCUGUUAAUAACAACAUGCCUACGGGCACACCUCGCAACUUCAGCUUGAACAACAUGCCCUUCUUCAACAACGGAAUGCCCAUGCCAAACGCAGGCGGACCUCCUGGCUUCAAUCCUUUUGUCCCAGGACAAUUCCCUCUCACUAUGCCUGGUUGGAACAUGCAGGGUGGUGACCGUGGAGCCGGACCAAUGAGGACAGGCGGUAUGCGCACUAACAAUGCCCGAGCACCAGGCCCAUACGAUCGUGGCAUGAGGGUCGAGCCGCGACGAAGCAUCAGCGGCCGCCUAACGCCACCUCGCCGGGGCAUGUUCAUGGAGGGAGGAGAACACACUGUUGGGCCCAGACAAGCAGUCGAGGGUCGCACGAUGAAGAGUUACAAUGACCUCGAUGCCGCUGGCAGUGCUGGAGGAGCAGAGGAGCUCAACUACUAA